GACGCGCAGCUAUGACUUUCUACAUCUCCAGGGCUGCGUGAGACACCAACAUGAAGUGAAUACGUUUUCUUUCGCUUAUUCCUCCGCUUUUCUCUCCUCUCUUGCGGAGAUGCCUGCACGCUACAUGGAUUUAUGCGGAGGAACAAGUUUCUUUGCCAAUAUGCCCUGUUGGACAUUGGUAUUAUACAUUCAGGAGUCCUAUGGAAUAUAGUCUGCUUUGUCACCCUUCUCAGCAGGUGAAAAAUAAACUUUUUGUGUUCUGCAUCAUGCUGUCGCUCUGGGUGUACAUGCUCUACUGCUGCGUGGGUUACUGCUCCACGACACCCACUUACAUGCUGGAUGAAAGGAGCAGGAGGAUACCGCCACCCAGACCUCUCCAGAACCAGGAGCUCGAGAUGCUCUUCAAAACCCAGUCCAGGGGCUUGUUGAAUAACGAGAGUGACGCCGAGAGCAGAGGAGAUGGCUGGGAGGAAAAUAAAGGCGAGACGACUUACGACGAAGACUCGGGAGUGACAGGUGCCCUGAACGGCUCCGAGACCAAAAAGUUGCCCCAGGCGAUUAUUAUAGGGGUGAAGAAGGGAGGCACGCGGGCGCUGCUGGAGUUUCUGCGCCUUCAUCCAGACAUUCGAGCGGUGGGAGCCGAACCGCACUUCUUUGAUCGCAACUAUGAGAAAGGACUCGAGUGGUACAGGGAACUAAUGCCGAAAACAUUGGAGGGUCAGCUGACCAUGGAGAAGACACCGAGCUACUUUGUAACCAAGGAAGUGCCGGGCCGGAUCUACUCCAUGUCCAAGGACACCAAGCUGAUAGUUGUGGUCCGAGACCCCGUAACCCGGGCGAUUUCAGAUUACACGCAGACUAGCUCAAAGAAACCUGACAUCCCCUGCUUUGAGUGUCUGACUUUUAAGAACAUCACAGCAAAUCUAAUAGACACCUCAUGGAGCGCUGUUCAGAUCGGCAUGUAUGCCAGACAUCUGGAGCAGUGGCUGCAGUUUUUCCCCUUGGACCAGUUCUUGUUUGUGAGCGGCGAGAGGCUGAUCAGCGACCCCGCCGGCGAGAUGGCCCGCGUGCAACACUUUCUGGGCCUGAGGAGGGUGGUCACGCAUAAACACUUUCACUUUAACCCCGCCAAGGGCUUUCCCUGCCUCAAAAGACCCGAGAGCAACAGCAAGCCGCACUGCCUCGGCAAAACAAAAGGACGCACACACCCAAACAUCCAUCCCGAUGUGAUUCAAAGACUGCGAGACUUUUACAAGCCAUUUAACAAAAAGUUUUACCAUAUGACUGGCCAUGAUUUUGGCUGGGACUGAGAUAUUUUUGAGAACACUUUUUUAGGAGAUAAUUCAUUGUAAAAUGUUUAGAAGUCUAUUUUAUAAUAAUUUAUUUGAAAGUAAUAUAGUUACUCGGCUGCCUAUCAGUUGUUGUACAUACUGUACGUUUGUACCACAUUCCAGUCGAAUCUGUAAGCUGGAUCGUUUUGUAUUUUCAGAGAAAAAAACGUGUGGCACAGGACUAUAAUGGGGUUUCACAUAAAAGCAGUGCUCGAAUUGAGGGUGGCUGGGGGGGAUCAAGGACCUCCAUAAGGGUAAAAAAUUUGACUUAGGGGGUCCUUCAGUUACUUAAAAAAAAUAAUAAUGACAAAUCUAAAUUUUGUGCAGACAAUAUACUGUAAAUAAUGUGAAUUAAUUAUUUACAAUAAAUAAGUCUAUAUUUUAUAUGACUUGUCAUACGGGCCUGAUGUCAUGCUGGGGACCCCCAUAAGACAUUAUUUAAUUUGAGCACUGCAUAGAAGCACAAUGAAACUAAUUACGGGUAUAUAAUGAGUCAAUUCAUCCUGCACACAGAAAAUAUUAUGAUUAUUCAGUUUAAUGAACAUUUUCUAGUAAGAUUGUAUCUGUUUUACACAGAUACCGACAUGCCAUACUUUUUUUAAUUUUUUCACUUUAAACGGUCAGUAUUGAGUCUCAUCUGAAGCCACUUUUGCUGGAUCAAUAAACAUUAAGCAAUGCAACAUGUCAAUUAUGGCAGAAAAAUGCCCCGGCACUGAUCUUUAUGACACCAGCUGUACUUUUAACAUCAUUAAAGGCAAUAUAACGCUCGUCUUUAGCAUUACACACAAAGGUUUUUGAAAAAUACUUCUGUAAUUGUAAUGAUAUUACAGCAGUACUUAAAACUCUGUACCUCUGUAUUUGUAAUUCUGAGGGAUGAUUGUAAGCGUUGAUUUUAGGAAUAUGAGGUCCUAAGGAGGUAAAUUGAGGAAAAGCUUUCACAUGUUCCUGCAAUGCAGUUACACAAACUUCUAUGUCUUUCAUAUUAAUGUAUAAACCUGAGGGCCUUUUCAGUAUGGAUAUGAUCUUCGAUGGUGUGUUUGGUUAAAUCAGUUUAUACUUUACAAGAAUUACAAAAAAGAGAAACUUAUUAACUUAUGUAAUUAUUCUUCAUACAUCAGUGGUUGAGUUUUAUUCAGCCCUUAUGUACUGGUAUUUUGUAUCAGGCACAAACAUCUGCCAUUUGUUUUUUUAUAAUGAAUGGGAUAAAAUGAGUGCAAAAUGUACUUGUUUUUUCAACUUCAGUGGAG